UCUGUUUUUCUCUGCAGGCCUCAGCUGUUGAAGAAUGCUCUGCAGAGAGCAGUAGAGAGAGGCCAGUUAGAACAAAUAACUGGCAAAGGUGCUUCGGGGACAUUCCAGCUGAAGAAAUCAGGGGAGAAACCCCUGCUUGGUGGAAGCCCAAUGGAAUAUGCAAUCUUGUCUGCCAUUGCUGCCAUGAAUGAGCCGAAGACCUGCUCCACCACUGCUCUGAAGAAGUAUGUCCUGGAGAACCACCCAGGGACCAAUUCUAAUUAUCAAAUGCAUUUGCUGAAGAAAACUCUGCAGAAAUGUGAAAAGAAUGGGUGGAUGGAGCAGAUCUCUGGUAAAGGAUUUAGUGGCACCUUCCAACUCUGCUUUCCCUAUUACCCAAGCCCAGGAGUUCUGUUUCCAAAGAAAGAGCCAGAUAAUUCUAAAGAUGAGGAUGAAGAUGAAGAUGAAGAUGAGGAUGAGUCAUCAGAAGAAGACUCUGAGGAUGAAGAGCCGCCACCUAAGCAAAGGUUGCAAAAGAAGACUCCAGCCAAGUCCCAAAGGAAAGUGGCACCUAUGAAGCAGAAAGGGUCCAGGCCUGCACCUAAAGUCCCAGCCGCCCAACGGGGAAAAGCUAGGCCCCUGCCCAAGAAAGCCCCUCCUAAGGCCAAAACUCCUGCCAAGAAAGCCAGACCCUCACCCUCAGUUGUCAAGAAACCUAGUGGUAGUUCUUCAAAGAAGCCUGCAGCCAGUGUGAGAAAGGAAGUGAAAUUACCUGGCAAGGGUAAAACCACCAUGAGGAAGUCUUUCAAAACAAAAAAGUAAAUUUUGUAGCAAGAAAGGGUAUCAUGAUAAAAUUCAAAAUCUUAUUUUAUAUGGUCAGUGUGCAUUUGUUUUUAGUUUUGAUGCUUACAAAGUUUCCUUUCUUCCAUAUGAACGUUGUGGGGAGGGAAUAUAAUAAACCAAUUUAGGCAUUUGUUAUCUUUAGGUGCUGUUUUUGGUGCCUACCCCUUCCCCGAUCAUUUUAAUUUCUGCAAUAAUCUGGGAGACUCAAAGUAUAUAAUCUAUACUUGUCUUUUUUGUCCCUCCUACCCUGACCUCUUU